UCUAAUCCGAAGCAAUCAGAAUUAACACUUGUGAAGGUUAGCCAAGAAACAACGGAUUUAUCAACUUGGGUGUUUGAUAAAGAUGCUGCUAGAAAAGCAUUGGUUCGUAUGAUAAUUAUGGAUGAACUACCUUUUAAAAUUGUAAAGGGAGAGGGUUUCAAAUACUUUCUUUCUAUAGCAUGCCCACGGUUUAGUCUUCCAUCUCGUUGGACAAUUAGAAGGGAUUGUCUUGAUUUAUUUAACUCCAUGAAGAGUGUGAUGAAGAAUUGUUUUGAAAAAGAUACAAGUAGAGUUUGUUUGACGACAGACACUUGGACUUCAUUGCAGAGGAUAUCUUAUAUGGUUUUAACAGCACAUUGGAUGGAUGAUGAGUGAAGGUUGCAAAAAAGGAUUAUAAAUUUUUGCCCAAUAUCCGCUCAUAGAGGUGAAAGCAUAGGUCAAGCCAUUGAAAAAUGUCUUCGAGAUUGGGGGAUUGAGAGGGUCUUCACUAUUACAGUUGAUAAUGCAUCCGCCAAUAGUGUUGCCAUUGAAUAUUUGAGAAAGAAAUUGAAUCAUCGAAAUGUUUCUGUUGCAAAUGGAAGAUUUAUUCAUAUGAGAUGUGUUGCACACAUUCUUAAUCUCAUUGUGCAAUACGGUAUUAAGGAUGCUUCUGUGUCUAUGGAUCGAGUUAGAGGUGCUGUGAGGUAUAUAAGAGCAUCACCAUCGAGGUUGACAAAAUUCAACCAGCGGGCAAAAGAAGAAAUGAUAGAUAGUAAGGCUCAAUUGUGUUUAGAUGUGCCUACUAGAUGGAACUCAACAUAUAUGAUGUUAAAGGUGGCCGAAAAAUAUGAGCGUACAUUUGAUUCAUAUGUACAUGAUGACCAUAAUUUUUUUCUUGACCUUACUGCUGGAGAUGGAGUUCCUACAUUUGAUGAUUGGGAAAUUGUUUGAAAAAUUAUAAAAGUAUUAGAGCCUUUUUAUCAUCUUACAUUGAAGGUGUCCGGAUCUUUGCAUGUUACCUCUCAUUCACUUUUUGAAGUAUUGACGGAUGUGCAUUGUCUUUUUGAUGGGUGGCAAGAUUGUGGAGAUCUAGAUAUAAUUUCUAUGACUUCCAAAAUGAGAGAGAAAUAUAAUAAGUAUUGGGGUGAAGGAAACAAGAUCAACAUGCUAGUUUACUUGGCGGUCAUAUUUGAUCCGCGAUGUAAAAUGAGUUUUUUGGACUUUGGGGUCAACUUGCUUUUUCCUAAUGUUGCUAAUGACAUUAUGAAAAUGAUUGAUAAAGAUUUGCAUUGCUUGUUCAAUGAGUAUUCUUCUAAUGCUGGGAGAAUUGAAUUGUUUGAAGGUAGAUCUAGUUCUUCGAUAAAUCUUUGCAGUUCAAUGGAAAUAGAUCAGUCAGAAAUGAAAACGGGCUUGGCCAAACAAAAAUACCUUAAGAAGAAGAAACAAGUUGGAUUAGAAAGCAAAUCUGAAUUGGAUAGAUAUUUGGGUGAGGAUGAAGAAGUAAACAAUUCAAGUUCAUUUGAUUUACUAUUAUGGUGGAAAAUGAACAGUCCUAGAUUCCCUAUUCUUGCACAAAUGGCUCGAGAUAUUCUUGCUAUUCCUAUCUCAACAGUUGCCUCGGAAAGUGCAUUUAGCACGGGUGGACGUGUUCUCGAUAGUUUUAGAAGUUCUCUAACUCCUCUCAUGGUCGAAGCUUUGGUUUGCACACUAGAUUGGCUUCGGAAAUCUAAUGAUGCCAUCAAUCUUGAAGAUUAUUUUGAUGAACUUCAAACAAUGGAAGAUGACUUAUCCAAAAUACCCGAAGAUCAAGAAGAUGUUUCAAGAUUAUCAACGGUGUUCAAGCACAAGAAAAAACUUAAACGUUUCUAUAAUGGUUUUGAACCGAUGUGUUAUUGUUAUUAG